ACCCCGUGCAACGUUGGGACUUGGCAGCCCGCCUCCCCCUGCCCAAGGAUAUUUAAUUUGCCUCGGGAAUCGCUACUUCAGAGGGGAACUCGGGAGGGAAGGCGCGCGCGCCUGAAGGGCCAAGCUGGGACUCCUCGGUCGCCGCUGCGUCCCUGCACCGCACUUGACCAGGGGCGGCGAGGGAUGCAUCUAAGCUUCUUCUCGGCUGCAGAGACUCGGGGGAGACUUGGUCCUCAGAAGAUCGUGCCUGGACUCACCCUAGACACACUGCCUUCCCCUCUGGGCAUGAAACGCCCUUAAACUCGGGUCGGGCAGUCUUCCUUGGCGCAGCUACCUCGUCCUUCGGCUGCCCCUCCCCAGCGCCGGGAACAGCGAGGAUUUCGGAAUCAGGGUUUCUGCUUCCUCCAGCCCCGAGUGCAUGUGCGGGGCCGCAUCGAGAAGCCUCCCCCCACCCAGUUUUUCGGCACCUCCCUCUGCUCCGCAGCAGCAUGGCGAGCCCUCCGGAUACCGAUGGCUUCUCCGACGUGCGCAAGGUGGGCUACCUGCGCAAACCCAAGAGUAUGCACAAGCGCUUUUUCGUGCUGCGGGCAGCCAGCGAGGCCGGGGGCCCGGCGCGCCUGGAGUACUAUGAGAACGAGAAGAAGUGGCGGCACAAGUCGAGCGCCCCCAAACGCUCGAUCCCCCUCGAGAGCUGUUUCAACAUCAACAAGCGGGCUGACUCCAAGAACAAGCACCUGGUGGCUCUCUACACCCGAGACGAACACUUUGCCAUUGCGGCAGAUAGCGAGGCUGAGCAAGACAGCUGGUACCAGGCUCUUCUGCAGCUGCAUAAUCGAGCAAAGGCCCACCAUGACGGGGCUGGAGGCUGCGGUGGUAGUUGCAGCGGCAGCUCUGGCGUCGGAGAGGCAGGGGAAGACUUGAGCUAUGACACGGGCCCAGGACCUGCGUUCAAGGAGGUCUGGCAGGUUAUCCUGAAACCCAAAGGCCUGGGUCAGACAAAGAACCUGAUUGGCAUCUACCGCCUCUGCCUGACCAGCAAGACCAUCAGCUUUGUGAAGCUGAACUCCGAGGCAGCGGCUGUGGUGCUGCAGCUGAUGAACAUCAGACGCUGUGGACACUCAGAGAACUUCUUCUUCAUCGAGGUGGGGCGUUCCGCCGUAACAGGGCCCGGCGAGUUCUGGAUGCAAGUAGAUGACUCCGUUGUAGCCCAGAACAUGCAUGAGACCAUUCUAGAGGCCAUGCGGGCCAUGAGCGAUGAGUUUCGCCCGCGCAGCAAAAGCCAGUCUUCAUCCGGUUGCUCUAACCCCAUCAGUGUUCCCCUUCGCAGGCACCAUCUCAACAAUCCUCCACCCAGCCAGGUGGGGUUGACUCGCCGAUCUCGCACCGAGAGCAUCACUGCCACCUCCCCUGCCAGCAUGGUAGGUGGAAAACCAGGUUCCUUCCGGGUGCGUGCCUCCAGUGAUGGCGAGGGCACCAUGUCCCGCCCUGCAUCAGUGGAUGGCAGUCCUGUGAGCCCUAGCACCAACAGGACCCACGCCCAUCGGCAUAGAGGCAGCUCCAGGCUGCACCCCCCACUCAACCACAGCCGCUCCAUCCCUAUGCCUUCUUCCCGCUGCUCACCUUCAGCCACCAGCCCAGUGAGUCUGUCAUCCAGUAGCACUAGUGGCCAUGGCUCCACCUCAGACUGUCUCUUCCCGAGGCGCUCUAGUGCUUCCGUGUCCGGUUCUCCUAGUGAUGGCGGUUUCAUCUCCUCUGAUGAGUAUGGCUCCAGUCCCUGCGAUUUCCGAAGUUCCUUCCGCAGUGUCACCCCAGAUUCCUUGGGCCACACCCCACCAGCCAGGGGUGAGGAAGAGCUGAGCAACUAUAUCUGCAUGGGUGGCAAGGGAGCCUCCACUUUGGCUGCUCCCAAUGGUCACUACAUUUUGUCUAGGGGUGGCAAUGGCCAUCGCUACAUCCCAGGUGCUAGCUUGGGGACAAGCCCAGCGUUGACUGGGGAUGAAGCCACCAGCGCAGCAGAUCUGGAUAACCGGUUUCGGAAGAGAACUCACUCCGCAGGCACGUCCCCUACCAUUUCUCACCAGAAGACCCCCUCGCAGUCUUCAGUGGCUUCUAUUGAGGAGUAUACGGAGAUGAUGCCCGCUGCCUACCAACCAGGAGGUGGCAGUGGAGGCCGACUGCCCAGCUACCGGCAUUCCGCCUUCGUGCCCACCCACUCCUAUCCCGAAGAGAGUCUAGAGAUGCACCCCUUGGAGCGUCGUGGGGGCCACCACCGUCCAGACACUGAUGAUGGCUACAUGCCCAUGUCUCCAGGGGUGGCUCCAGUGCCCAGCAACCGUAAAGGAAAUGGGGACUAUAUGCCCAUGAGCCCCAAAAGUGUGUCUGCCCCACAGCAGAUCAUUAACCCCAUCAGACGCCACCCUCAGAGAGUGGACCCCAAUGGCUACAUGAUGAUGUCUCCCAGUGGCAGUUGCUCCCCUGACAUUGGAGGUGGGUCCAGCAGCAGCAGCAGCGGCGCAGCCCCUUCUGGGAGCAGCUAUGGGAAGCCAUGGGCAAAUGGAGUAGGGGGGCACCAUCCUCAUGCCCUGCCUCAUUCCAAACCUCCUGUUGAGAGUGGUGGUGGCAAGCUCUUGCCUUGCACAGGCGACUACAUGAACAUGUCACCAGUGGGAGACUCCAACACCAGCAGCCCCUCCGAAUGCUACUACGGUCCAGAAGAUCCCCAGCACAAGCCAGUCCUUUCCUACUACUCAUUGCCAAGGUCUUUUAAGCACACCCAGCGCCCCGGGGAGCCGGAGGAGGGUGCCAGGCACCACCAGCAUCUUCGUCUCUCUUCUAGCUCUGGACGCCUUCUCUACACUACAACUGCGGAAGAUUCUUCCUCUUCGACCAGCAGUGACAGCCUGGGUGGGGGUUACUGUGGGGCUAGGCCAGAGUCUGGCCUCCCUCAUCCCCACCACCAUGUCUUGCAGCCCCAUCUGCCUCGAAAGGUAGACACGGCUGCGCAGACCAACAGCCGCCUGGCCCGGCCCACAAGGCUGUCCUUGGGGGAUCCCAAGGCAAGCACCUUACCGAGGGUAAGGGAGCAGCAGCAGCAGCAGCAACAGCAGCAACCUUCGCUGCACCCUCCGGAGCCCAAGAGCCCAGGGGAAUAUGUGAAUAUUGAAUUCGGGAGUGGCCAGCCUGGCUAUUUAGCUGGCCCUGCGACUUCCCAUAGCUCCCCUUCAGUCCGAUGUCCACCCCAGCUCCACCCAGCUCCCAGAGAAGAGACUGGCUCGGAAGAGUACAUGAACAUGGACUUGGGGCCAGGCCGGAGGGCAACCUGGCAGGAGAGUGGUGGGGUUGAGUUGGGCAGAGUAGGCCCUGCACCUCCAGGGGCUGCUACCAUUUGCAGGCCAACCCGGUCGGUGCCAAGUAGCCGCAGUGACUACAUGACCAUGCAGAUAGGUUGUCCUGGUCAAAGCUAUGUGGAUACCUCCUCAGUGGCCCCAGUCAACUAUGCUGACAUGCGGACAGGCAUUGCUGCAGAGAAGGUGAGCCUGCCCAGAACCACAGGGGCCGCUCCCUCUUCAUCCUCCACAGCCUCUGCUUCUCCUGCUGCACCUCAAGGAGCAGCAGCUGAGCAGGCUGCUCCCUCUUCCCUGCUGGGAGGCCCUCAGGGACCUGGGGGCAUGAGUGCAUUCACCAGAGUGAACCUCAGUCCCAACCAUAACCAGAGUGCCAAAGUGAUUCGUGCAGACACUCAAGGGUGCCGGAGGAGACAUAGCUCCGAGACCUUCUCAGCACCUACUCAUGCUGGCAACACGGUGUCCUUGGGAGCAGGGGCUGCAGUAGGGGGCAGUGGUGGUGGCGGCGGCGGUAGCAGCAGCAGUGAGGAUGUAAAGCGCCACAGCUCGGCAUCAUUUGAGAACGUGUGGCUGAGACCUGGGGAUCUAGGGGGAGCCUCCAAGGAGACGGCUCCAGUGUGUGGGGCUGCUGGGGGUUUGGAGAAAAGUCUUAACUACAUAGACCUGGAUUUGGCCAAGGACGUUAAACAGCGCCCUCGGGAGUGCCCUUCUCAACAGCAGCCCCUACCGCCCCCUCCCCCUCGCCAGCCCUCAGGCAGCAACGAGGGCAGCUCCCCCAGACGCUCCAGUGAGGAUUUAAGUACUUAUGCCAGCAUCAGCUUCCAGAAACCGCCAGAGGACCGUCAAUAGCUCAACUGGACAUCACAGCAGAAUGAAGACCUAAAUGACCUCAGAAAAUCCUCCUUUAACUCUUGGGUACCCAGACUCAAACUAUUUCACAAUUCACAAGCAGGACCUCACGUCUUCCUCUUCAGUAGAUGGUACGAUGCAUCCAUUACAGUUUGUUUACUUUGUACAAUCCUCAGGAGUUCAUUGACGGAACUGCACGUUCCAUAUUGUGCCAAGCAACAAGAAAGCACUGUGACACUGGGAUGAUGAGUCUGCGUAAACUUCGUCUUGAACCUUAAGGACUUAGCUGGCCACGAUGAGCUGGUGUGCCCACCAUCAUGCCGCAAGAGAAUGGGUUUAUUCUCGUCGCAUCUACAAUGUACGUUUCAUCGACUCUGAAAGCGUGUUCCAUGAAGCACCACUGUAAAUUAUUUCAUACGGAACUGUUCACAUUGGGUGGAGAGAGAUUAUUAAAUAUUUAACAUAGGUUUUGAUUUAUAUGUGUAAUUUUUUAAUGAAAAUGUAACUUUCCUUACAGCACAUCUUUUUUUUGGAUGUGGAACUGAGGUAUUCAGUGUUCUGUUGUAAAGAGUGGAGCAAUGCUAAAAAUGAGGCUAAAAAGAGUAGUCUAGGGUAUGAUCCUUGUUUUAAAAUUCUAAUUCAGAAAAAUAAUAUAAUAAGAAUCAUAGUGCCAUAGAAGGUUCUGUACUGGAUAGUUAUACUUGCUGAUACUGUCUCUUGUAAUAUAAACUUGAUGUUGAGAUGAGUUUCUUUUAAAACUUAAUCUUAGGGUUUUUUUGUUUUGGUUUGUUUUUGGUUUUGUUUUUUGGGAUUUUUUUUGUUUUUGUUUUUUUCAAAAUGGAAGGAGGAUGUAUUAUUCUACUGGGGUGUUUUCAAUUGUCAGCUUAGAGUUGGUAAUUGAAUGGAAGCAAAAUUGUAAGAAAAGGAAACCACAGGUUUUCAUUGUAUAUACUGUAGAGAGAAGGAGACAUGAGUGAUCCCUUCAAGUCAAAAGCUCUCUUAGGAAUGAAGAGUGUGGGUGUUUUUAAAUUCUGGAAAUGUCUUUCUGUUCAUAAUGAACUAGACACUGUUGAUCUCCCCCUUCCCCACUCCUAUAAGCUUUUUCCUCCCACCCCCACUAUUUUUUCUGUGUACACAUCAUGUUUCAUUUCAUACAUUGUCUUGAAAAGGCUGUUAGGACAAGUGUGUUCUUGCUAGCUGGAAAUUAAAAUUCCAGACUCACUCUUUCUUUCUUUCCUUCUUUCUUUCUUUCUUUCUUUCUUUCUUUCUUUCUUUCUUUCUUUCUUUCUUUCUUUCUUUCUUUCUUUCUUCCUUCCUUCCUUCCUUCCUUCCUUCCUUCCUUUCUUCUUCCCUCCCUCCCUCCUCCUUUCCUCCUGUCCUCCCUCUCUCCCUUCCUUCCUUCCUUCCUUUCUUUUUUAAGUCAUAACCAGGGCUCUAUGUUAUGUUCCCUAAGACACCUAUCUUAUGUGUUUUAAGAACUUCCAGUGUUACAUGUGUGUUUUAAAUGAAUGCAAUUGGCCCAUUUGCCCUGGUGUUUGCUGGCCUUUUAGUGGUUAUCUAAUAAAAUGCAAUUUAUAGAGAGCACAUAAAAACAUAGUGACCUGCUGUUGAGGCAUCUAGCCAGCAGUGAAAAUAUUAAUCCCUUUCCUUGUUUGGAAAGUCUUGGACUUUUUCCCUUAUCAAAUAGAAAUGGCAGUGAAUAUACCUAAAGAUGUUUCCUCCAGAAUUAUAAGUUUUCUUGCCAUGAAAUUUCCUGAAAGGACAGUGAAUUAAUGCAGUGAUCAGGCUCCCUGUGAGUCCCUAUAAACUCAGCCCUGCUGUGGGGGAGGAGCAACUCUACUUCUGGGAAGGGUUGAGCUGCCAGGAAGGAGCAAGGAUUGAAAGGCACUGCAGUGACCGUUGCCCUGAUCUACUGGUUGGGGACCCUUUACUCUAUUCAAAGAGAUAAAUAGACACCCCCCCCCCCCCCCCGACUGCUGAGGCCAGUGUUAGUGCUCAGUCAGCCAGAUGGCAAGUACCUCACAGACUGUUGUACAGUGUUCAUUGGUGCAGAUCUUAAUCAUUUGCAUGCUCAUCAGUUUCUAAGGUAAAUAGGUCUCUAGUCAUAAGAAUACGCUGUUUUCAAGGAACUCGCCGAAUGACAUCAUUUGCUGUCAGUAGAAAACCCCACUGGCUUUGCAAAUCUGAUGUGAAAGUUGGUGUUUUUUGUUUUUGUUUUUUUUUUUUUUUACAAAUGUGUAAGAAAAGACUCAUUUAUUUUUUAAGCAUUCUGACUCAAACUUUUGCGAAUGGAAGAAGAAAGCAAGCUGCUUUCUCUCUCCAUGCAAAGAUCUGAGUAACUCAAGAGAGAACAGUAAACAAAGUCAGCCCCCACCAUUUGCCUGUAAAGGCGGCUAUCAUUUCUCCUGGAGCCUCGGUGGGGUUAUUGACGUUUGGAGUGAGAAGAGAAAAGAACAGACUGGACAAUCGUCUCCAAGUUUCUAUAUCUCUUGCUUUUUAUUGAGUCAAUCGUGCAAAGGUAGACAUGCUUAGUUCAGCUUCUUCUAGAGUUACCUGAGCUGGGUUUGAUGAAAUGUAGCUGACUUGGAACUGGAAGUCGCUGGUACCCAGGCUGAAUCCUCACGCUCUGCCUCCUUGAAGGGUUUACUUUAAAUGCAUCAGCUGCUAAUUUCUUAUGUUCAAUUUCUAUUUAAGGGAGUUGUCUUUUCUCUAUUUCCGAGUAUUUGCAGGCCAACCAAGGGCUUAUGUUAAUGGGGCUUCUAGUGACCUCUGACUUGUGUGGAUGUUAGUGGCUUUUUCUUUAUGAGACCAACCUUUCAGAGCGUUCUUUCUUAAAGACAUGUUAAGACAGCGUUUAAAAUUUUCCUUUGUGAAAAGAAUAAGUAUGUUCCCUGGCUAUGAUGAUACCUUUGUUUUGGGCAAAAGUUUAGCUCUAGAACCAGCUGGAAAUGAGGGGAUUUCAUUAAUGUUCAACCACCUGGGUCAAUAAUGACAAAUCAGGACUGAUGCAUGGCUAUUUCUUGCUAACUUUCAAAGGUCAGGGCCACCCUUGACUAAUCUAGCAACUACAAAAGUGGAUCUGCUCAAGAAUCAUCUAGCCAGAAGUAGAGAGUUUUAGCCUGUCUUCCCUUGGCUUUCAUCUUCUAGCUGUCUUUUAUAUGUGAGACAAAGUGUUAAGAAACAAUUUCACUGUACUGUAAGAAACAAUAUUUUAUAGUCCGGAAGCCCUAUUGGAUUCAACAUCCUGAAUGCAAUAGACCAUGUAGUUGGAAACAUCUUUAAAACAGGUGACUUAAAGAUAGGGAAAGGCGGCUCACCACGUGAUGACAGUGAGAGCCAUGAGGGAUAGUACAGUUGUGAUGUGCUGUGGCUGUGGGUGAUGAUGAUACCAUGUUUACCUCAAGAUGCCUUGGCUGAGCUCUGUAGGUGAGAUGGCCGUACAAAGAGGCCCUCUAACAAGAUACCCGGACAUUAACACCAACACUGGGGAGACAGGGCUUCUUUGGAAGGUAUGUGGAGGACAACUGGGGGAAACAAAUAAGAAAUAGUUUCUUUGUAAUGACAAGACAGGAGGGUUAGUGCUGCCAGGACAGGGUUAUGUAGCAGGAAGUGAUGCUAUACUCAUAUGUACGGGCUGCUGAGAACUGUGUAGUAAGCAGGCUGUUCUUCCAGGGGUACAAGCAGGCACAACCUUGUCAGUCUGCAGGAGGACAUCCAGGCUGGGCUGUGGGCUUAACUAUGGAGAGCAAAGACAGUCUUCCUUGUAGUUAGUAGAACCAAGUGUUGAACACCGGGCCUUUGGUUAGCCCUGAGCCAAGCCUGAGAUUGUGAAGGUUCUAUUGGAGCUCUGUCCAUUGGUGGUCUCCGUGUGCCUACAGAAAGUGUAGCUCAGCUGACGGGUUGGGUAUCUGUCACUCACUACUUGCGAUGAGCGCAUCAAAUAGAUGCUGGAAGGAGACUGAGAGGUGCUGGAGGUGUUUGGCCCUACUCUUAAUUAAGAGCCUAUAAUUAGCCAAUAUGAUUUUAAAUUGUAUGACUUGGGUAAGGCGUUAUCUCCCUUCCCUUGCUUAUCAAUGACUUGGCAUUUGUGAUGUCUACACCAAAAGACGGUGUGCUAUCCCUUUGCCAUUCACCUGCUAUUUAAACCUCUCUUUGUUCAUUUGCUGUCUCUUUCUCCAGUGUUAACCAUUAUGCCAUAUCAUAGAACAAACUCACUACCCAGGAAAAUGUGUCUGUUUGCAUAUCCAUCUGUAGUGCUAGCAUUUUUUUUUUUUAAAGUCCAUUUUAGAACUUUGCCACUGGCCUAAGAAUAUAGUUUCCAGAAUAAUCUUUCUUGUGUAGUUACUUUCUUUAUACCUCUUGGCUACAGGGUGGGCCAAAUGAAUGCCAUCUAGCUUUCCAUUUGCUAUGUGUGGUUUGGUUUAUCAUCUAAAGAUGGUGGUGCUAUUGACGGUGCUACUUCAUCUGUGUACAAAAGACCGACGCAUGGUCUCUGUUGCUACCAAAACAUUUACUGUAUAUAUGUGUAUAACGUAUUAUGUAUAUACGUAAUGGGUACCAGGCCAGGUUUAUAUUUUUUUUUCUUUAGAAGUGUUUCACUUUUCUAAGCUUUCUUUAUAGUGUUAUGCUUGUGUUCAAUGCUUUUUACCCCCAAUUCUGUCUGGUACUUAGAACUGUAGUGUCUUCAUCGUUAAUUAAAGAAAACUGUCUAAAUGAA